AUGGUUGCCUCUGAGCUCACGGCUUCGGCAAAGGCCCUGGGGCCGAUUCCUUCAGAUGGAGGCCAACAGACGGCAUUGCCAUUGCAGCCUCUCACAAACCAAGCAGACAAAAGUUCGAGCGCCUUUGUCAGAAGUCUUGCAAACAGUCUUGUCGCAUGGCAGCCUCUGGACGAUGCUACAAUUGAGCGAGCCCGGAGGGAGCACAAGCUCAUAUACAUGCACAUCGGCUACAGAGCUUGCCACCACUGUCGCCUCAUGGCGCACGAGUCGUUCGCAAACAAGGAAUGCGCCAGCAUCAUCAACGACUCCUUUAUCCCCGUGGCAAUUGACAGAGAUCAGCGGCCAGACUUGGAUGCGAUCUACAUGAACUAUGUUCAAGCACUCGCUAACAUCGGCGGCUGGCCGUUGAACGUGUUCCUCACCCCAAACCUCGAGCCGGUGUUUGGCGGCACCUACUGGCCAUGUGCAAACUCAUCGCCGCUGACAACGGACGACAGUGAGGAAGAAGUCUUGGGCUUUCUGGCGAUUGUAAAAAAGGUCAGGGAUAUUUGGAGGGAUCAGGAGUCGAGGUGUCGGAAAGAAGCCACGGAAAUGGUAGCUCAGUUGCGGAACUUUGCUGCUGAGGGUACCUUGAACGGUACACGUAACUUUACGCCAGGCGCCGCAAGUUCACAGCAAGCAGCUCAGACCACCACUGCCCACGAAUCCGCUUCAACACAGACCAAGACGGCCAGUGAGGUCGACCUUGACCAGCUAGAAGACGCCUACUCCCAUAUUGCCGGGACCUAUGAUCCCGUGUACGGCGGUUUCGGGCUUGCGCCCAAGUUCGUCACACCUCCCAAGCUGGCGUUCCUCAUGUCGCUCCCCAACUUGCCGGGACCGGCCAGAGAUGUCAUUGGGCACUCAGAGUGCGAAACUGGCCUCCAGAUGGCCCUUGCCACUCUCCGGAAGGUGCGCGACGGAGCGCUGCGCGAUCAUGUCGGAGGCACCGGGUUCUCCAGGUUCUCUCUGACGCCUGACUGGACAGUUCCCAACUUUGAGAAGCUGACAUCAGACAAUGCUCUGCUUCUUUCGCUCUACACGGACGCUUGGAAGCAGGGAGGCAAGGCGAACGAUGAGUUCCGCGACGUUGUGAUCGAGCUCGCCGACUACCUCACGACCGCACCCAUUGCGCUGCCCAACGGCGCCUUUGCAACUUCCGAGGCCGCGGAUUCGUACCAGAAGAAAGGCGAUCAAGAGAUGUGGGAGGGCGCUUAUCAUACGUGGACACGUAAAGAGUUUAACCGCGAGGUCGAGGCCCUCGACAAGCAAGCCGCGCAAAUCGCAGCUGCUUAUUUCGGAAUCCGCGAAGAUGGCAACGUGGAACAGCAUCACGACCCCAACGACGAGUUCAUCAACCAAAACACACUCAGUGUCCACCGAUCACUCGAUGAGCUGAGCAGGCAAUUUGGCGUCUCCGUUGAGCGGGUCGAGGACUGCAUCCAUUUUGCCAAGACCGCGCUCAGUAAGAAGCAGCAACAGGAUCGUGUUCGCCCAGAGAUUGACGACCAGGUUGUCGUGGGCACAGUGGGCUUGGUCAUCGCUGCUCUGGCCCGAGCGGAGGACGCGCUAGAUGAGCCGAAAGGCGUCUACCCGUACCAGAAGAAAUGCUCGGACGCCGUGGACUUUAUACUUCGGGAGAAGUUGUGGGACCCUGUGAGCCAGACAUUGCACAGGACGUGGAACGGGCAAAGGGGUGGCGAGGGUUUCGCGGACGACUACGCUUACUUGAUCAAGGGGCUUCUCCAACUCUGGCACUCCACAAAAGAUGACAACUUGCUCAUGUUUGCAGAUCAACUACAGAAAGCGCAAAUCGCAAAGUUCUACGACCCUGCCGGCGGGUUCUACACGACAGUCGCCGAUGCCCCACACACAAUUCUGCGACUCAAGGAUGGACUUGAUACCACCCUUCCAUCUACCAACGCCGUCUCGGUAGAGAAUCUUUUCCAGCUGGGCCACAUCCUUGCGGAUGACAAGUAUGUGUCUCUGGCUCACAACACGAUCAACGCAUUUGAGGCCGAGAUGCUACAACACCCUUGGCUGUUCCCUGGUUUGCUUGGGGGGGUAGUCAAAGCACGCUUGCCAGAGACCCAGGAGCCACCACCAACACGUUACAGGCUCCUCAGGGCAAAGGCAUAG